AUGGCUAUCAAAACAGUGAGAUCUCUUGAAGCCAUCUUCUCUUCAUCUUCUUCCCCUCGUUCCAACUGGAUCUAUGAUGUUUUCUUGAGUUUCAGAGGCGAAGACACGCGCAAAAACUUCACCGACCACCUCUGCUUUGCUUUGAGAGAUGCUGGAAUCAAAAUCUUCAAAGAUGACAAUGAACUCCGAAGAGGACAAUACCUUGCAUCCGAAUUGAUACGGGCAAUCCAAGGAUCCAGAAUCUCUAUCAUCGUUUUCUCAAGGAACUAUGCAGCUUCGAGUUGGUGCAUGGAGGAACUUGUGGAAAUUAUGGAGUGUCGAAGAACUUUGAAGCAACUGGUUCUACCUAUAUUCUAUGAUGUUAAGCCCUCUGAUGUGGGAAACCAGACGGGUAGUUUUGCAGAAGCAUUCGCGAAACAUGAAGAGCAUUACUUGUUGGACAUGGACAAAGUUCUCAAGUGGAGAAGAGCUUUGUGUGAGGCUGCUAAUUUGUCAGGGUGGGAUCUAAGAAAAACUGCAGAUGGGCAUGAAGCAAAGUUUAUUAGGAAAAUUGUUGAAGAGAUUUCAAGAGAACUGAACAACACACACUUGUUUAUAGCACUCUACCCAGUUGGAGUAGAUUCCCAUGUUCAAGACAUAACUUUUGGGUUAAAUGUUGGAGCUAAUGAUAUUCGCAUGGUAGGAAUCUUGGGAAUGGGCGGAAUUGGCAAAACAACCAUUGCUAAAGCCAUUUAUAACCAAUUUUUUCAUGGAUUUGAAGGUAAAAGUUUUCUUGCAAAUGUUAGGGAAACUUUCAAGGAACCUAGGGGUCAGGUUGAUCUCCAAGAACAACUUCUUUCUGACAUUUUGAAGACAAGCGAGAUAAAGAUAAGCAGUGUUGAUAGAGGAAUCAAUAUGAUUAAAGAAAGACUUUGUAAUAAAGCAGUACUUGUGAUACUUGAUGAUGUAGACCAAACGGAGCAACUGAAUGCCAUAUGUAGAAGGUGUGAAUGGUUUGGUUUGGGAAGUAGAAUUAUUAUAACAACAAGAGAUGAGCAUUUGCUAAAGGAGCUAGAAGUGGAUAGUGUAUAUAGAGUUACAGCAAUGAAUGACAUUGACUCUCUUGAGCUCUUUAGUUGGCAUGCCUUUAGGAAUAGUUAUCCUAUCGAAGAUUAUACUGAUUUGUCAAGAAGUGUCGUUGCUUACUGUGGAGGGUUGCCACUAGCACUUGAAGUUUUGGGCUCAUUCCUUUUCUCUAGGAGCAUGCUAGAAUGGAAAAGUGCAUUAGAUAAAUUGAAGAGGAUUCCUCAUGAGCAGAUUCAAAAUAAACUUAGAAUAAGUUUUGAUGGACUAAGUGACAAUACUGAAAAGGAUAUAUUCCUUGACAUAUCAUGUUUCUUCAUAGGAAAGGAUAUAGACUAUGUUGUAAAAAUAUUGGAUGGCUGUGGUUUUUUUGCAAAGAUUGGAAUUAGUGUCCUCAUUCAGCGGUGUCUUCUUAAAGUUAGUGAGACAAAUGAGUUUACAAUGCAUGAUUUGUUGCGAGACAUGGGAAGAGAAAUCGUUCGUGAAAAACACCCCAACGAACCUGGGAAAUGGAGUAGAUUAUGGCUGCAUGAGGAUGCAUUUGAUAUAUUGACAAAGCACGAGGGAACAAAUGCAGUUGAAGGACUUACUUUAGAAUUGACAAGUCUAAGUAAGAUGAAUUUCAAUUCAGAAGCAUUUAUUAAGAUGCAGAGACUAAGAUUACUCCAACUUGAUCACAUACGACUCACUGGAGACUAUAAAUAUCUUUCCAAAGAAUUAAGGUGGCUUUGCUGGCAUGGAUUUCCUCUCAAGUUCAUUCCAAAUGACUUUUAUCCAAGAAACUUAGUUGUGAUUGACUUGCAAUAUAGCAAUCUCAAAAAAGUUUGGGAAAGUCCCAAGUUGCUUGAGAAGAUGAAAAUUCUAAAUCUCAGUCACUCUCAUUAUCUGAGCCAGACCCCUGACUUUUCAAAACACCCAAAUCUAGAGCAAUUAAUACUUGAAGAUUGUACGAGUUUGCUUGAGGUUCACCACUCCAUUGGAGAUCUUAGUAAUCUUGUUUUGGUGAAUUUGAAAGAUUGCAAAUGCCUUAAAAGUUUGCCAAGGAGUUUCUAUAACUUGAAGUCUCUAGAAACUCUCAUUCUUUCUGGGUGUUCUAAAAUGCACAAUUUGGCUGACAACUUGGGGGAGAUGGAAUCAUUGACAACUCUUCUUGUAGACAGAACUGCUAUAAGACAAGUGCCUUUUAGUAUAGUGCAACUGAAGAAUCUGAAAUAUUUAUCUCUAUGUGGGUGUAAAGGAUCACCGUCUAAGUCAUUGCCAUCACUCUUUUGGUCUUGGAUAUCACCAAGGAAAAGUCCUAAGUCAGUCAAUCUACUGCCUGCUGCACUACAAGGCUUGAACUCACUAACACACUUAUGUCUCUGGGACUGCAAUUUAUCGGAUGACGGAAUUCCUACAGAUCUUUGGAAUUUAUGUUCUCUUAAAAUUUUAGAUUUAAGAUGCAAUAGUUUUGAAAGCCUAUCAACAAGCCUAGGUGGUCUUUCGAAGCUUCAAGAUCUCAAAUUGGUCGCUGUAGAAAGCUUAAAUCAAUUCCGGAUUUACCAGCAAGAAUGGGUUAGGCGUGGAGUUGGUAGAGUGUUUGGCAUUGUCCUCCCCGGCAAUCAAAUCCCUGAUUGGUUCACGUAUCAGUGUGAGGGACCCUCGUUAUAUUUUAAAGUACCUACUGCUGAUCCCAUAUUGAACGAGUUUGGUGUAUGUGUUGUCUUUGCAUCACGUGUUCAAGUAUUAUCUUCGUAUAAACGUACCGUGUCAUAUAUCAACCAUACCAAGAAUACAGUUCUGACUAAUUUGGCAGUAACUAGUGGCCAAUUCCCUCUUGAAGAUCACCUAUUGCUAGGCAAUCGUGUUCUUACCAAUGAUUUUGAGGAUGGUGAUGAAGUAGAGGUUCUUCUAGAUUGGGGGCCUGAAAUCAUUGUGAAGAAAAUGGGGGUCCAUCUAGUAUAUGAAAGGGUUGUAGAUGGAAAAGAUGAGGAUCAUGCCAUUGUUGAUUGGGUUAUGCUUGGAGUUGGUAGAAUGUUUAGCAUUAUCCUCCCCGGCAAUCAAAUCCCCGAUUGGUUCACGUAUCAAUGUGAGGGACCCUCGGUACAUUUUGAAGUACCUACUGCUGACCCCAUAUUGAACGAGUUUGGUGUAUGUGUUGUUUUUGCAUCACGUGUUCAAGUAUUAUCUUCAUAUAAAGAUAGCAUGUCAUUUAUCAACCAUACCAAGAAUACUAUUCUGACUUAUUUGUUUGCAACAACUGGUGGCCAAUUCCCUCUUGAAGAUCACCUAUUGCUAGGCAAUAUUGUUAUUACCAAUGAUUUUGAGGAUGGUGAUGAAGUAGAGGUUCUUGCAGAUUGGGGGCUUGAAAUCAUUCUGAAGAAAAUAGGGGUCUAUCUACUAUAUGAAAGGGUUGUUGAUGGAAAAGAUGAGGAUCAUGCCAUUGUUGUUAUAUUUUUCAUGGUUUCAAUCAAUCAAACCCUUCCUCUUCCUUCUUGUGAGCACUUUGUUCAUCCUGACAGUCCAGUACUCAAGUACUUAGAUUUGUUAUUGCCGUUCAUCGAACCUGCAGUUGAUCGUCUUCGUCUGUCUGUUACCCAUUUACUGAUCUGUAGUCCUCAUCCUUGUAUUCCUCAGUCAUUAUACCCUGAGUUUUUGUAUCUUAUGGGUGAAGGAGGAGGCUCUGACUUUGUCUGCAGGAGCUCUUACCCCACCAUGUGGAAGGCAGCCUUAUCUUCAAAGGAUGAGAGGCGAGUCAGGCUUGACUGCUACAUACCGAGGUCAGUUACACUUCAGUUUGAUGACGAACGAAAAGGCGCCAUAGUGAGUGCCGAGGAGCACGAAGUCCGCUUGUACGAGGAGAUGUUCCGUGUGGGCCUCAGGCUUCCCUUCCCGAGGCUUAUUCGGGAUUUAUUAAACCGUUUAAACGUGGCUACUCACCAGAUCGUCCCCAACGCCUGGAGGAUCUUCUUUGGCUGCGUAGUUUUGUGGCCGACGGCUUUGGCGGAAGAGAAUUUCCUAACUGUCAGGGAAUUCUUGUCGGCGUACAGGUUCACUAGGAACCCUAAUACUGAGGCGCUUUACAACUUCCAAGCCCGAUGA